AUGUUGCCCUAUCUGGUGAUGGACUACUACGUGGGCGGCGACCUUUUGAACCUGCUGAGUAAGUUUGAGGACCGUCUGCCGGAGGAUAUGGCUCGGUUCUACGUGGCCGAGAUGGUCCUGGCCGUUCACUCCAUCCACCAGCACAACUACGUGUGCUGGUCCCAGCAGAGUGGGGCGGGCCGGUCGGGGUCUCUGCUGGUGCUGGCCGACAGCGAGGUCGAGAAGAGGAGGUGGGUGGGGGUUCUGGAGAGUCUGCAGAACAUCCUGUCCAAGAACCGUCUGAAGAACCGCCAGGUCCACUUCCUGCAGGAGGCCUACGACUCCUCGCUGCCCGCCAUCAAGACCACGCUGUCCGCCGCCAUCAUAGACCGGGAGCGUAUCGCCUUGGGAACGGAGGAUGGCCUGUAUGUGGUGGAGAUCACCAGAGAUGUGAUCGUGCGCGCCUCGGACUCCAAGAAGGUGUACCAGAUCGACCUGAUCCCCAAGGAGAAGAUGGUGGCUCUGCUGUGCGGGCGGACCCGCCAGGUGCACCUCCAGCCCUGGGCCGUGCUGGACGGCGUGGAGGGCUCCUUCGACAUCAAGCUGACCGAGACCAAGGGCUGCCAGGCCCUCUGCACGGGGGUGCUCCGGCCCGGGGGGCCCGCCUGCCUUCUGGCCGCCGUCAAACGCCAGGUGAUGUGCUACGAGAUCACGCGGGUCAAGCCCCACUUCCGCAAGCUGUGGGAGGUGCAGGCGCCGGGCCUGGCCCAGUGGCUGGGCAUGGUGCGGGAGCGCCUGUGCAUGGGCUACCCCUCGGGCUUCGCCCUGCUGGCCCUGCAGGGCGAGUCGUCCCCGGUCAGCCUGGUCAGCCCCUCGGACCCCUCGCUGGCCUUCCUGGCCCACCAGCCGCUGGACGCACUGCACGCCCUGGAGGUGGGCUCCAGCGAGCUGCUGCUGUGCUUCAGCCAGCUGGGCAUCUACGUGGACCCCCAGGGCCGGCGCUCCCGCAGCCUGGAGCUCAUGUGGCCCGCCACCCCCCUGGCCUGCAGCUCUAACUCGCUCUACCUGAGUGUGUACAGUGAGUAUGGGGUGGACGUGUUCGAUAUCCACACUGCUGAAUGGGUGCAGACCAUCUCCCUCAGAAAGAUCCGGCCUCUGAACAUCGAGGGGACAUUGAACCUGCUGGGUUCUGAACAGCCACGGCUCAUCUACUUUAACAACAGCAGCUCAGAAGGAGAGCUGGCCAUCCCAGAGACGUCGGACAACAGUAAGAAGCUGAUGGUUCGAACCCGCAGCAAACGCAAGUUCCUCUUCAAGGUCCCUGAGGAGGAGCGACUUCAGCAGAGGAGGGAGAUGCUGCGGGACCCAGAGCUGCGGUCCAGGAUGAUCUCCAACCCCACCAACUUCAACCACGUGGCCCACAUGGGGCCAGGGGACGGCAUGCAGGUCCUCAUGGACCUCCCCCUGGGCAUUCCCUCUCAGGAUGAGGUUGUUAAGGAGAAGCCUCGCCCCCUCUCCAGUAUCUCCCGGCAACAGAGGAGCAAAUCACACAUCAGCCGCACCGCUUCAGGGGCAGAGUUUGGAGGCUCUGGGUCCAGAAGCCUUGGAGAGCCGGACCAAGACCUGGACCGAGAGCCGGACUCCGACUCCACCAAACACUCCACUCCGUCUAACAGCUCCAACCCCAGCAGCCCCUCCAGCCCUAACUCCUCCCACCGCAGUCAGCUGACCCUGGACGGCCUUGAGGCCGCCCUCGACCCCGCCCUCGACGCCUGACUGCAUCCCCCUCCCUAAACUUACGGCCAAAACCACGCCCCUCAUCCCCGACCACUGCCCGUACUCCUUCACCUGCCAUGCCCUGUAUUUGCCCCUUCCUGCAUCACUGCCCACGCCCCUCUUCUUUGGUGACCACACCCCUUUCCUCAUCACUGACCAUGCCUCUUCCAAAUCUACAGAGAGGAGUCUCCUGCAGAAAGGGGGUGGGGUUUACUAUUUUUUUAAUUUAGCUGUUUUUGAGUUUUUAAGGCUCCGUUUCAAUAGGAACGGUGGUGUACCUAACCUCUGCCAGGUGAAGCUUUCUGAUCAACACUACAGCCGUGUUCCCCUGCGGCGCAGUCAGCCAUGAAAACCCCAUACGCCAGGAGCCGCUAGGCGCUAACCCCGCUGCUAGCUUUUCCUAACUAGAGCUGCUUUUAUAAACUCUGUAUUCCACAAUAAGAGUCUGCGCUUUAACUUUGAAAAAAAAUUGUGUGGAUGAGGUGGUUCAAGUCGUUAUCGUUCUGUACCAGAAGGGGGCGCUCCUCCCACUGUAUUCUACUCUUGUAUUUGCACACUGUUGUAGCCCCUCCCCCAGCCUGAAUAGACGCGUCUGAAACACUACAGAAUCACCGUUUAAAUCUUUGUAAUUAUUGAAUAAGCAACACAUCAAGUAUGACCGGAAAAUAAAAUAUCUGUGCUUCUGUCCAUGACUACAUAAAUAAAGCAAAGCUGGGUUUUAUGUUCAAGUUUAACUUUAUUAAACGAGUUUGACCGUUGUGAGUGGGCGGGGCCUAAUGUCCCUUGUUUGGUUUGGUUUCGUCCUCUGAAAUGAAUACGUUGCAUUAUUAUUACUCUGUUGGACCUCAAAUGAACGUCUUUAACAGUUAUAGAAGUAAGAAUUAAAACCAAUAAACUAAAGUAAAGAUUG